UCUCUGUUUCUAUCUUCCCCUUCUUCUUCAUCUAUGAAUCUGCAAAUUUGGUUCUUUCAGUCACUGAACUCGUCUUACAAAUGCAGAGUAACAUAGAAACCACUCCAAGUGAUCACUGUUUGCGACUAAAUUUGUGAUGUACUUAACGGAGAAACCAGUUCUUCUGGAAUUGAUCAGCCGAUGUAGCUCUCUUCGCGUUUUCAAACAGAUACAGACUCAAUUGAUAUCUCGUGAUAUUCUUCGUGAUGAAUUAUUCAUCAACAAAGUCGUGACCUUUCUGGGUAAAUCCGCAGAUUUCGCAACUUACAGCUCUGUAAUUCUCCACAGUAUCCGUUCUGUGUUGAGCUCUUUCUCAUACAACACGCUUUUAUCAAGCUACGCAGUCUGUGAUAAACCAAGAAUGACGAUUUUUGUUUACAGAGUAUUUGUGAGUAAUGGGUUUUCACCGGAUAUGUUCACGUUUCCUCCAGUUUUCAAGGCUUGUGGGAAGUUUUCAGGGAUCAGAGAAGGGAAACAGAUUCAUGGAACUGUCACGAAAAUGGGUUUUUAUGAUGAUAUCUAUGUGCAAAACUCGCUUGUUCAUUUUUAUGGUGUGUGUGGAGAAUCAAGGAAUGCAUGUAAAGUGUUCGAUCAAAUGCCUGUGAGAGAUGUAGUUUCGUGGACUGGUAUCAUAACUGGUUUCACGAGGACUGGUUUGUAUAAGGAAGCUUUGGAUACGUUUUCGAAGAUGGAUGUUGAGCCUAAUUUGGCUACGUAUGUUUGUGCGUUGGUAUCGAGUGGGCGGGUUGGGUGUUUAAGUUUAGGGAAAGGAAUCCAUGGAUUGAUCUUAAAAAGGGCAUCUUUGAUUAGCUUGGAGACUGGUAAUGCUCUUAUAGAUAUGUAUGUGAAAUGUGAGCAAUUGUCUGAUGCGAUGACAGUCUUUGGUGAAUUGCAAAAGAAAGAUAAAGUUUCUUGGAAUAGUAUGAUUAGUGGGUUGGUUCAUUGUGAAAGAUCUAACGAGGCGAUUGAAUUGUUUUCUAUGAUGCAAACGUCUUCGGGUAUAAAACCAGAUGGGCAUAUACUUACAAGUGUUCUCUCUGCGUGUGCUAGCUUAGGAGCUGUGGAUUAUGGAAGAUGGGUUCAUGAGUAUGUUUUAAGCGCUGGAAUCAAAUGGGAUACGCAUAUUGGAACUGCGAUUGUUGAUAUGUAUGCAAAAUGUGGCUACAUCGAAACAGCUUUAAAGAUUUUCAACGGAAUUAGAAGAAAGAAUGUGUUUACUUGGAAUGCUCUGUUAGGUGGUUUAGCUAUCCAUGGACAUGGACAUGAAUCCCUUAGAUACUUCGAAGAAAUGGUUAAGCUCGGUUUUAAGCCGAACCUGGUAACUUUUCUUGCGAUUUUAAACGCUUGUUGCCACACAGGUUUAGUCGAUGAAGGAAGAAGAUAUUUCCAUAAAAUGAAAACUAGAGAAUACAAUCUAUCUCCUAAGCUAGAGCAUUAUGGAUGCUUGAUUGAUUUGUUUUGUAGAGCUGGAUUGUUAGAUGAAGCAUUGGAACUCAUCAAAGCAAUGCCGGUUAAACCGGAUGUACGAAUAUGUGGAGCUGUUCUUAGUGCUUGUAAGAGUAGAGGGACAUUAAUGGAGCUUCCUAAAGAGAUAUUAGAUAGUUUCUUAGAGAUGGAGUUUGAAGAUAGUGGUGUUUAUGUGUUACUGUCUAAUAUCUUUGCUGCUAAUAGAAGAUGGGAUGAUGUUUCGAGAAUCAGGAGGUUGAUGAAAGUAAAAGGUAUCUCGAAGGUUCCAGGAUCAAGUUCUAUAGAGAAGUUCAUGACUUUAGACCAAUGAUGAUGGAUGUAUGAUGUAUGUAUGACAUGAUCAUCAUAUAUGAGAAUGUCUCACAUACCAUAAGAGAGUUCAUGAGUUUCUCACA